AUGGCGCUGCCCCUGAUCUCCUGCCCCAGCUGCAAGGAGAAGGUGCAGAUGUAUGUAUCGACCACUGAGAAGCACGACGGGUGGGUCUUCUACAGAUGCCGCAGCCAUGGGGUUUCUUGUGAUUUCUGGCGUUGGGAGUUGGAGUAUGUUGAGUAUCUUGUUGACAAACAUUACCUCGUCGAAGAUGCCGCCGUGGAUGCUAUUGGUGAGGUGGAGGAACGAAGGGAGCAUCUGAUUGCUGCACAGGAACUGGUGCAGAUGAAUGCACCCAUCAGCAGGUCCAACCAGGCUGCAAAGAAGGAAGCAAGUUGUGGGAUGAGCAGGCAGCAAGCAAUUGCACUGAUGAUGUUAGGGAGGGAGGUGAUGAAGCUGAUGAAGAUGUUGUUUGUUGCAGUGGUGGUGCUAGGUGCUGUUGCUGUUGGGUUGAUGCUGAAGAAGUGA